AAGGAGGAAAGAGAUAAAAAAAAAGGCGAGGAUGGCGUUGAACGUGAUACAAUCAUCUGUGCGUGUAUCUUCAGCCACUUCUUUGACCUUCUCUUCCACCAUCAAAUCCUUCGUCACACCUUCCCUCUCUCUCGCAACCCAUCGACUCUCUCUUUCUCCCCCGAAUCUCAACCUCCUUCGCGUCCCCUCCUCUCCACCAUCUCUCCGUCGAGGUUUUCGCGGUGGUCGUAUCGCAGCAAUGGCUUCUUCUGCUCCCGGAUCGGUUAACAAACCAGAGGAAGAGUGGCGUGCGAUUCUCUCUCCCGAGCAGUUCAGAAUCCUCAGGCAGAAAGGCACUGAAUAUCCAGGGACGGGAGAAUACAACAAAGUAUUCACAGACGGGAUCUAUAGCUGUGCAGGGUGUGGAACUCCUCUGUACAAAUCCGCCACCAAGUUCGACUCUGGUUGUGGCUGGCCUGCUUUCUUUGACGGCAUCCCCGGCGCUAUAAACCGAACCGCGGAUCCAGAUGGGAGGAGAAUAGAGAUCACGUGUGCAGCUUGUGGAGGACAUCUCGGACAUGUUUUCAAAGGAGAAGGUUUCCCUACUCCUACCGAUGAGCGACAUUGUGUCAACAGUGUCUCCCUCAAGUUCGCACCCGGGAACGCAGCCUUGUAAUAAUAAUCUACUUGUAUUGUGUGUUAAAGAAAAGGUAGUGUGUGUUGCUUACUUGUGUCCCACCCGCUGGCUCGCACUGUGUUUCGAUCUGAGUGCUAGUAGUAAUAAGGGCGUUGAAUUAACGUCUUCAGACUCUUGGUAUUGUCGUAUAAUCAAAUCAUAUAAGAUUGGUGAAUAAUGUUUUUGUUAGUUUUAUGUCUGAACUUCUUGUGUC